AUGCUCCCGUAUGCCACCCUCGACGAGGCCGCGGCGGCGCUAGGCAGGAAUUUGACAGCAGCGGAGACAUUAUGGUUCAAUUACUCUGCAAAAAAUCUCUGGCGAUCUGCUGGGAUUGAUAAGUACAAGAUUCAGCCUAAAGUCAAGUUGUCACCUUCUGAGAUGUUCAAGUGCUACAAGGAUGUUAUGUUCAUGUUCUUUUUUGUUGUGGGGCCUUUACAAUUGGUUUCUUACCCUUCCAUUAAGAUGAUCGGGAUUCGAACAAGUUUGCCAUUGCCUUCCGGAUGCGAAAUCUUUCUACAGUUGUUGGUCUAUUUCGUGGUGGAGGACUUUACCAAUUACUGGAUCCACAGAUUUCUCCAUGGUAAUUGGGGAUACGAGAAAAUUCACAAGGUUCACCAUGAAUAUACAGCUCCUAUUGGGUUUGCGGCCCCGUAUGCGCACUGGGCCGAAGUUUUGAUCCUUGGAAUUCCAUCUUUUCUUGGUCCAGCAAUGGUUCCUGGUCACAUGAUCACAUUUUGGUUGUGGAUUGCUUUACGGCAGAUUGAGGCAAUUGAGACGCACAGCGGAUACGACUUUCCCUGGACUCCCACAAAAUAUAUUCCAUUUUAUGGUGGUGCAGACUACCAUGAUUACCAUCAUUAUGUUGGGCGACAAAGCCAGAGCAACUUUGCAUCAGUGUUCACUUACUGUGAUUUUAUUUAUGGAACUGACAAGGGCUAUCGGUUUCAGAAGAAGGUUCUUCAGAAGUUGAAGGAGGGAGUGAAAAAUGGUGGUGAGCAGAAUGGAGGUUCCUACUAUGUUCCUACACAAGGUCUUAAAUCCGACUAG